AUGGCGAUGCCACCGGGGACCAACAACAUGCACAAUUUGACAACACUUAUUAAACGGCUAGAAGCUGCAACCUCCCGACUGGAAGAUAUAGCAUCUUCAACCGUUGAAUUACCCAAAGUAGAUGGGGUACCCGUCAUAUCUACAACUAGUCCUCUGUCUCCACCAGCUGCACAAGCUUCACAGAUCAAUGAAUGUGUUCCUGGAGACCUGCCAGAAUCAGUAGAGGAGUUUGAUGCAUUUAUCUCUGGCCCUGUUCAAAACUUCGUGAAUAUAAGUAACAAAUUAGGGGGUCCUGUAGCUGAACAGGCCUGUAGUCUUCUAAAGGCAUUUUCUGGACAGCGGAAAUUUAUCUUUAUCACAACCAAGGCUAAAAAACCAGAUAUGAGCAGUGCUACUUUCAUGCAGCUCCUCAAACCUCUACAGGACUCGAUCACCGCCAUAAGUGAGAUUCGAGAUUCAAACCGGGGCUCUCUUGCAUUCAAUCAACUGAGUGCUGUCUCGGAAAGUAUUGGCGUCCUCGCCUGGAUAACCGUAGAGCCAAAACCGCACAAACAUAUCAUGGAGUAUCUAGGCUCUGCACAAUAUUGGGGAAAUAGAGUACUGAAAGAUUAUAAAGACUCGGACCCAAAGCAAGUUGAAUGGAUUCAGUCUUACUAUAAAGUUUUUAAUGACUUAGCCGAAUAUGUCAAGCAAACCUUUCCAUCCGGGAUUCUUUGGAAUUCGAGUGGUAUCUCUGCAGAAGAGGCAAUCAAAGUUGUUGAAAAAAGCACGCCUCCAUCUUUCUCAAACCAUUCCAAGGCACCUGGUGCCCCUCCACCACCUCCACCACCUCCACCAGGGCCACCUCCAUCUAUUCUCCUUGAUGACUCUAAACAAACUAAUUCAAAAAAUGGAAUAGGAGCAGUUUUCAGUGAAAUAAAUAAGGGAGCAGACAUCACGAAGGGUUUGAAAAAAAUAAGUUCAGACCAGAUGACCCAUAAAAAUCCAUCUCUACGAGCUGGCGCUACAGUCUUGGCAAGAAGUGACAGCAACACUAGUGCCUCCUCUAUCAGUCCUUCCAAAAGUCCAAUCCCUGGAAAAAAACCCAAGCCUGAAAGUAUGCGGACCAAGAAGCCUUCAGUCAAAAAGUUGGAAGGAAAUAAAUGGUUUAUAGAAAACUUUGAGAAUGAACCGCAGCCCGUAAAAAUUGAAGCCUCAAUCUCUCAGUCUAUUAUAAUAAGUCGUUGUUCAAAAACCACAAUCAUAAUUCAUGGCAAGGCGAAUGCCAUCUCUAUUGACAACUCUCCUAAGCUCUCUCUCAUCGUUGACUCACUUGUCUCCUCAGUAGAUAUAAUCAAAUCUUCCUCUUUUGCAAUGCAGGUACUUGGCACUCUGCCAACUAUAUUAAUGGAUUCAGUCGAUGGCGCACAAGUCUACUUAGGAAAGGAUAGCCUGGGUACUGAAAUUUUCAGUAGUAAGUCUACCGGUAUUAACUUAAAUAUUUUGGACGCUUCGAAAGAUGAUGAUGAUUAUAAAGAAAUCCCACUACCUGAACAGAUUCGCACAUGGAUCGAUGGUGGGAAAGUGCUGAAUGAAAUAGUUGAACAUGCUGGUUGA